AUGGGUGGAGGUGCAGCUGCUUUUGCGAUAUAUGACCGAGACCACUUGCGGUUGUUGCAUGUUAUAAAUGAAGCACAUCAAAAGAAUGCCUACGAUUUGGAGCUGUUUAUACAUUGUUCAUUGGACAUAGUUGAUGAGAAAGCCGUGAAAGCCAAUGAGAUGUUCCUCGGCCAUUUGUACACGGAUCAGAAAUAUAAGUCUUUCGGUUACAUCACGAACACUGGAGUGCGUAUGAUCUUAGUGCCGAUUAAGCGAACAAUCUUGACUGGAAAGAUUUCGAUAUAA